AUGUGUCCGCAAAUGCAAUACCUGUACCUGUUUAUUUUAAUUAUAUUUGUGAAUGAUGUUAAAUCAAGCAUAUUCGAUCCCGAUAUCACGGAUUAUAAUGCAUACGGUUUGAAAUUUGCUGCGAACGAUUUUCUUUUAGCACAAGCUCAAGGUGGAGAUCAAUUACUUUUUGUUCAAUUUUCUCCCUACGAUUCUCCACUAACGCUUUCUUGUUCAGUUGACUACCCGGAUUCAAGUCAAUAUGUUUACACAGUGGCUGUUGGUAGUAAACAAGCAUCGACACAAGAAUACUUUUAUUUUGCCGGCGAAAUUUCAGGUAUUGAUGACGAGGAAACAGUUGUCCAACGAACAUUUAUCGGUAUUGUAAAUAAUACGGGAAUACUACGGACAUCAAGAAUAUUAUGUAAUUGGUGUUAA